AUGUCAUCAGCUCCUUUAUUACAAAAGACCCCCGGAAAAAAAAUUGCUUUACCUACCAGAGUAGAACCAAAAGUUUUUUUUGCAAAUGAACGUACUUUUCUAUCGUGGUUAAAUUUCACAGUAAUGCUUGGUGGGUUAGGUGUGGGUUUAUUAAAUUUUGGGGAUAAAGUAGGUAGAAUCAGUGCCACUUUAUUCACUUUAGUUGCUAUGGGAACCAUGGUAUAUGCCCUUAUAACAUAUCAUUGGAGAGCUUCUGCAAUUAGGCGUCGUGGAUCUGGUCCAUAUGAUGAUAGAUUAGGCCCCACUGUCCUUUGUUUCUUUUUGCUAUUGGCUGUUAUAAUUAAUUUUAUUCUUAGAUUGAAAUAUUCUGAAUGA